AAUUCCCUGUAAGAUUAUUAAAAGAACAUGGGUGGUUCCGAAAGGGUUGGAACUGCUGUCUUAAUAGAGUUACUAAUCAUUGCAGCCAUUGUUUUAUCCUUAUGCGCCGUAAUUUCCAAUGCUGCUUGCCACGAGGAGGAGAAACAAGCACUUAUGACAUUCAAGCAAGGAUUGACAGACCCUUCAAAUCGACUUGCCACAUGGACCACCGGUCCGGAUUGCUGCCAGUGGACUGGAGUCGUCUGCGGUAACAAAACUGGCCGGAUAGUGGAGCUCCGUCUGGGAAACCCCCAUGAUUCCACUGAGGAUCUCCUCUUUCCUGGAAAGGUUUUUGAGAGGUCCAGAUUUGGUGGCGAAGUGAAUCCCUCAUUGCUCAAUCUGAAGCAUCUCCGGUACUUGGAUUUAAGUGGGAGUGAUUUUGAAGGUGAGAUUCCCAAAUUCCUGGGUUCUUUAAAGAAUCUACGAUACCUGAAUCUCUCUGCUUCUGGGUUUGGAGGACUUAUUCCUCCUCAGCUUGGAAACCUAACGAAUCUCCAGGACCUGGAUCUCCAUGGUCUUUUGCCAUCUCUGUUCUCAGACAAUCUUCAAUGGCUCUCCAAUAUUCGAAACCUGCAACACCUGGAUUUGAGCAUUACAGGUCUUAGCAAAGCCUCGAAUUGGUUGCAGGUAACCAACGAACUCCCUUCUUUGGUAGAAUUGCGGCUGUCUGAUUGUCAACUUGGUCUUAUACCUCCGUUACCAAAUGUCAAUUUUUCCUCUCUGGAAAUUCUAGAUCUUUCCGGGAAUGGAUUCAGCAACCCUUUUGUUCCUUCUUGGAUUUUCCAUCUCAGUUCUCUGGUUUAUCUUGAUCUUAGUCACAAUAAUUUCGGAGGCGGAAUCCCAGAUGGUCUUAGAAACCUGAGUACUUCUCUUACAUUUCUUAGCUUAGAAUCAAACUCAUUCAAUUCGACCAUUCCUGAUUGGCUGUACAGUUUCAGCCAUCUCCAGUACCUCAGCCUGGCCGACAAUUCCUUACAAGGUACAAUCCCGGAUGCCAUUGUGAAUCUGACCUCACUCGAAAGCCUUGAUGUCGCAUCCACUCAAGUUGAAGGACCAUUGCCAAGUUCCUUGGCAAAACUUUGCAGCUUGAGAAAAUUGUACCUUUCUGGUGUCACUCUGAAGCAGGACCUGUCUGAAGUCUUACAGACUCUGACCGGAUGUAUCUCUGGUGGACUUGAGCACUUGUAUUUGAGUCGGUGCCAGCUGUUCGGUCACAUGAGCAAUCAACUUAGUCGGUUCCAGAACCUAACCGAGCUGUACCUGACCAACAAUUCGAUCUCGGGUCCUAUCUCAGAGUCCUUAACAUCACUAAAAUCAUUGACAUCACUCGACCUCUCCCAGAAUCUACUCAAUGGGACAUUUCCUGAAUGGUUCGGACAGCUUCCGGAACUGCAACUAUUAUGGAUUGAUGACAAUUCUUUACAUGGUGUUGUUUCUGAGGCUCAUUUCACUAAUGUCACCAAGUUAAGGAUCCUCGUAGCCGCCCGAAACCAUUUGGUUUUGAAAGUGAGUUCCCAUUGGGUACCGCCUUUUCAACUCGGUGUUAUAGAUCUUUCAUCAUGGAAAUUAGGCCCAAGAUUCCCUCCCUGGCUUCGUUUCCAAAAGGAUUUCGUGUUUCUAGACAUAUCCAUGGGAGAGAUUAAUGAUACAAUUCCGAACUGGUUCUGGAAUCUGUCCACUCAGUUCUUUAAUCUGAACAUGUCUCACAACCAAAUCCGAGGGAAAGUUCCUGAAGUUUUUGAUAUUUCCCCUCCACUAGGCUACCCUGCAGUCAUUGAUCUCAACUCCAAUCUAUUCCAAGGUACGUUACCCUGCUUGUCCUCAAAUGUUAGAACUCUAGAUCUUUCUAACAAUUCCUUCUCCGGUUCGAUUUCCCACUUCUUGUGUUACAACAUGGAAGAACCAAAGCGCCUGCAAAAUCUUCACCUCGCCAAUAAUCAGCUCUCUGGACAAAUCCCUGAUUGCUGGAUGAAUUGGCCGAAUUUGCUUUCUGUUAACCUCAAAAAUAACAACCUGAGCGGUAACAUUCCGAGCUCAAUUGGUUAUUUAUCCUUCCUUAAAUCCCUCCACGUUCGCCGGAACAAACUCUCCGGAGUUCUACCGGAGUCGAUGCAAAACUGCACACAACUCCUGGCUCUUGACCUAAGUGGGAAUUCCUUCACCGGAAACAUUCCUUCUUGGAUUGGUGAAAGCCUGUCCAAUAUUAUAAUCAUCAAAUUUUGUUCGAAUAAUUUCCAAGGUCAGAUUCCUGAAACAAUUUGUAAACUUUCUUACCUUACAAUUCUAGACCUUGGACACAACAAUCUAUCAGGAAGCAUCCCGAAAUGUUUCAUGAAUUUCAGUGCAAUGUCCAUUAAACGGAACUCAAGUGUCACAGUAUCUCGCACCACCGGACAGUUCAGAUCAUCAUUGGAGGCAACAUGGCUUAUGAUCAAGGGAUUAUUGCGGGAGUACAGCACCACUCUGCCUCUCUUAACAAGCAUUGACCUCUGCUAUAACAACUUAUCUGGCGAGAUCCCCGAGCAAAUCACUAGUCUUGUGGGGUUGAUAUCGCUGAAUUUGUCGACAAAUCACUUGACUGGAAUGAUUCCGGCAACAAUAGGCCAGAUGGGUUCUCUGGAAUCCCUUGAUUUGUCAUACAAUCGGCUUUCUGGAGAAAUUCCUCAGAGCAUGUCCCACUUGACUUUCUUGAGUGUCUUGGACUUGGCUUACAACAAUUUGACAGGAAAAAUCCCAUCAAGCACUCAGCUUCAGAGUUUUAAUGCAUCGAGCUUCACCGGAAACACUCUCUGUGGACCUCCAGUGACGGCAAACUGCAGUACAGAUCGUGCAACUUCCGGUGGUGGGGAUGAUUCCAGUGGUGGGGAUGAUGGGGGAGAUGGACCAGAUGGUGAUGGGAGUGAAGUGGAUUGGUUAUGGUUUUCUGUUAGUUUGGCUCUGGGAUUUGUUCUGGGAUUUUGGGGCUUUGUGGGUCCUUUGUUGUUUAUAGAGUCUUGGAGAUUGGCUUAUUAUGGUAUGCUGGAUCGCCUGAGGCAAAAAAUUAACAGCGUUUAAAUUGGCACACAUUUGUACCCAAAAAGUACCCAAGAAGAGCAAGAACAGUUGGGAGUUGAGACAAAAGUCUUGUGUCAUGGAGCCCUGUGGAAAUGUCUAGACAAAAAUUUGCCUAUAUCAUAACAGCAAAUUGCACAACAUACAACACUAUAAUACAACAUAUAACAUGUAAGGAUCAGAUACGGAUGGUCUCUAGUGUUACGUUGUUCAAUAAUAUUAGAUUAUACUA